UUUCCUUGCCUGGGUGGGGCCGGGUACGCACCGCAGCCCCGCCUUCCGGAGUCUGCAAUCUCCUUUUGUCCCUUCAGGCAGGCCAGGAAGGGCUUGGCAAACCCGAGGUUCCCAGGGUCCCCCGUCCCUGAGCCUUGUCCCUAGCCUCUCCCUUUCCAGAGAAAACCUGGCGAACCAAGAUGAGUGACAAGCCAGACUUAUCAGAAGUAGAGAAGUUUGACAAGUCAAAAUUGAAGAAAACUAAUACGGAAGAAAAAAAUACUCUUCCAUCAAAGGAAACUAUACAGCAGGAGAAAGAAAGUGUUCAGACAUCAUAAGUUGCAGAUCUCCUCCCAAGAGCAAAUGUCAACAUCACUGAAGAUUCUUCAUUUUAGGCCUGUGGGGGUUUUUU